AUCUCAUUUUUGGUGAAAGGAGAUGUUUAAAUGGAGAAGUAUUCAAGGUAUUCUACAGCAGGCCUCUGACCCUCUUCAGGCCGUUGUAACACCCAGCUCUUUCAGAGACUAGGAUCUAAGGAGUGGGUAUGGCAGCAGCCAAACUUCUGCAUGACUCAGGUCUGAAUGUGAUUGUUCUGGAAGCCCGGGACCGUGUGGGAGGCAGGACUUACACCGUUAGGAACCAAAACGUUAAAUAUGUGGACCUUGGAGGAUCCUAUGUUGGGCCAACCCAGAAUCGUAUUUUAAGAUUAGCCAAGGAGCUAGGAUUAGAGACCUACAAAGUGAAUGAAGUAGAGCGUCUGAUCCACCACGUAAAGGCCAAAUCAUACCCCUUCAGGGGCCCAUUCCCACCUGCGUGGAAUCCAAUUGCCUACCUAGAUCAUAACAACCUUUGGAGGACAAUGGAUGACAUGGGACGAGAGAUUCCCAGUGAUGCCCCAUGGAAAGCACCCCUUGCAGAGGAGUGGGACUACAUGACGAUGAAGGAGCUGCUGGACAAGAUCUGCUGGACUGAAUCUGCGAAGCAGCUUGCUACUCUCUUUGUGAAUCUGUGUGUCACUGCAGAGACCCAUGAGGUCUCUGCUCUCUGGUUCCUGUGGUAUGUGAAGCAGUGUGGGGGCACAACCAGGAUCAUCUCGACAACCAAUGGAGGGCAGGAGAGGAAAUUUCUAGGUGGUUCUGGUCAAGUGAGCGAGCGGAUAAUGGACCUCCUCGGGGACCGGGUGAAGCUGGAGAGGCCUGUGACCCACAUUGACCAGACAGGAGAACAUGUCCUUGUGGAGACCCUGAACCAUGAAGUGUAUGAGGCUAAGUAUGUGAUUAGCGCUGUUCCUCCUAUUCUGGGCAUGAAGAUUCAUUUCAAACCCCCUCUCCCAAUGAUGAGAAACCAGCUGAUCACUCGUGUGCCUUUGGGUUCGGUAAUCAAGUGCAUGGUUUAUUAUAAAGAGCCCUUCUGGAGGAAAAAAGAUUACUGUGGAACCAUGAUUAUUGAAGGAGAGGAAGCUCCAAUUGCCUACACAUUGGAUGAUACCAAACCUGAUGGCAGCUAUGCUGCCAUAAUGGGAUUUAUCCUUUCCCACAAAGCCAGAAAACUGGCCCGUCUUACCAAAGAAGAAAGGUUGAAGAAACUUUGUGAGCUGUAUGCCAAAGUUCUGGGCUCCCAAGAAGCUUUGCAGCCGGUGCACUAUGAAGAGAAGAACUGGUGUGAGGAGCAGUACUCAGGGGGCUGCUACACAACCUACUUCCCCCCAGGGAUCAUGACUCAGUAUGGAAGGGUUCUACGCCAGCCAGUGGGCAGGAUUUAUUUCGCAGGCACCGAGACUGCCACACACUGGAGUGGCUACAUGGAGGGGGCUGUGGAAGCCGGGGAGAGAGCAGCCCGAGAGAUCCUGCAUGCCCUGGGGAAGAUCCCAGAGGAUGAAAUCUGGCAGUCAGAACCAGAGUCUGUGGAUGUCCCUGCGCAGCCUAUUACCACGACCUUCUUGGAGAGACAUUUGCCCUCUGUGCCAGGCUUGCUGAGGCUGAUUGGAUUGACCACCAUCUUUUCCGCAGCUGCUCUUGGCUUCCUAGCCCACAAAAGGGGGCUACUUGUGCGGGCCUAAAGAGAGGGCACCUGUAGCUGCAUCCUCUUCUUACUCUACUGGGUAUGUGGGUUUGGGGAAGGGGUUGCGAUAAAGUUCCAUGAAGACAUAAAGACUGAUGAGUGAGGAGGGGAGCUUGAAGCUAUGUCAGACUUCAAACCACAGGAAACACAGUAUCUCUUUGUCCAUUUUUGGCCCUUGCUUAUUCUCCCUUACUUGGUUUAGCACUCUGUCUCACCCAUUUCCAAGCUUACUGCCCCCAGAAUCUUUACAGUAGUUAAGCAGGCUUGUUUAAGGUUCUUGCUGUCCCACGACACACCUUGCCCAUGCACAAAAAACUAGUUUUUCCCAUCUCUGUGGCUUUGUGCUUGUCCUUCUUACCUGUGACAUCUUCAUCUUCCAAGUUCUCUGUAUUUGUCCUUAGAAUCCUGUAUUGUUACAGCUGGAAGACCUUAGAGACUGUCUAGUCCUCAUCUUCUGUUUUAAAGUUGAGCAAACUGAAGCCGAGAGACGUGGAACUUGUGUCCAAGGUCCACAACAAGCUACUGAUAUUUUGGGGACUAGCAUAUAGGUCUAUUGCUUUUCCCACCUCCCAGAAUGCAUCUCCCAGUCACUCUCCUCCACUCCCUGCUGUAGUUGCUGAUGGUGUCCCUUUCUGUGGGUUUAAUCUGUACUAAGUUGUUUUGCACUACUCAGAUGCUACUCAUCUUAUUCAGUCUUAUUGUCUUGUGCAAUGUGUCUUCAGCUGAUUUUCAUCUUUUUGAGGAGAGGAAUCUUGUAUUUUCUUCCUUUUGUAUCCUCCAUUAUGUCUGGCUACAAAGAUCAGUACACAUUUGGGCAAUUAAAAAUAAAGUUGAUUGACCAGA